AUGCGGGCUUUCAAGCGCUCUGACGCCGGCGAGGCGAGCGGCCGCAGCAGCGCCAGCGGCUACAGCGUCGACGGCGACGCAGGCGGCAGCCACAGCGGCAGCGGCAGCGGCCGCCGCACCAGCUUCGGCGGCGUGGCCAAGUCCGUUGGCAGCGGCGUGACGCGCGCCGCGAACUCGGUCGGCAGCGGCGUCGGCAAGGCCGCGACGGGCGUCGGCGCCGGCGUUUCAAACGUGGGCGGCAUGGCCCUGAGCGGCGUUUCGAACGUCGGCGGGAAGGCGCUGACCGGGGUCAAAGGCGCCGGCGACUUCGCUCUUACCGGGGUCAAGGGCGUCGGCGGGCUGGGGAUCAAGGGCGUCAAAAACGUCGGCGACUUUGGGCUUGGGGCGGUCAAGGGCGUGAUGUCAUCGGGCAAGGGUUUCAGGGAGUUCCUGCUCAAGGGGACGAUCGUGGAGCUCGCGGUCGCGGUCGUUGUCGGUAUGGCUUUCACAGAUCUGACGCGCAUGUAA